CUGAAGUUCACAAUAGCAGUAGCAGCAGCCGGAGCAGCAGGGUUCCUGCAGCAGAGCCCUUCCUUCACAUCCAGGUCUGCCUGAGACAACCCAGCUUUUAGGUGGCCGGUGACCAGUCCUUGUUCCAGGAUGGGGACCAUGGCCAGAGUAGCCUUGGUCUUGGCCUAUUUGGCUGUCGCCUCUGCCACUUCUGAGGGAGGUCACGAGGCUCCAGGGCAGAAGGAGCUGAGAUCAGAGUACCUUCAGGAAGCUGGCUACGCAGCACCUCCCUCCCCACCACAGGCCCGAGGCUUCCCCGUGUAUCACCUUGACCCUUCCCAGCAUGACCUUCCUUUUGAGGGACAGAGGGAAGUACAGUCCCCUCCCUCUCCAGAAGCCAUACCUGUCCAAGAAGAGCUGCCCCCUCCCCACCUCUCUAAUGGAAAGAAAGUGGAUCCGCCUCUUCCUCCGGAAGCCAUCCCCCUCCAAGAAGAGUUGCCCCCUCCCCACCCCCGUACUGAACAGAAGGAAAUAGACCCACCUUUCCCAUACCAGAAGGAGAUUUUCCAUUCCCAGCAGAGAGAGGUCAGUCAAUCCGAAGAAAAGCCAGCUCCCCCCAUGCGCCAGGAUCCCCCAGAGCCUCACUCUUGGAAUCCAGCCCAGCACUGCCAACAGGGCCGGUUCCGGGGGGGCUGGGGAUACCGGCUGGAUGGCUUCCCCCCUGGGCGGCCUUCUCCAGACAAUCUGAACCAGAUCUGUCUUCCUGAACGUCAACAUGUGGUGUACGGCCCCUGGAACCUGCCACAGUCUGGCUACUCCCACCUCAGUCGCCAGGGUGAGACCCUCAAUUUGCUGGAGACUGGAUACUCCCGCUGCUGUCGCUGCCGCAGCCACACCAACCGCCUGGACUGUGCAAGGCUUGUGUGGGAGGAUGCAAUGACCCGGUUCUGUGAGGCCGAGUUCUCAGUCAAGACCCGACCCCACUGGUGCUGCAGACAGCAAGGGGAGGCUCGAUACUCCUGCUUCCAGGAGGCAGCUCCCCAGCCACACUACCAGCUCCGGGCCUGCCCCACCCACCAGCCUGGUAUUUCCUUGGGCCUGGAGCUGCCUUUUCCCCCUGGGAUGCCCACAUUGGACAAUUUCAAGAAUGUCUGCCACCUGAGACGCUUCCGCUCCGUGCCACGCAACCUCCCAGCCACUGAUCCCAUCCAAAGGCAGCUACAUGCUCUGACUCAGCUGGAAAUGGAGUUCCAGCGCUGCUGCCGCCAGGAAAACAACCUUACCUGUGUAUGGAAGGCCUGGGAGGAUACCCUGGAUGGGUACUGUGAAAAGGAGCAGGCUACAAAGACCCACCACCACUCCUGUUGCCACUACCCUCCUAGCCCUGCCCGUGAUGAGUGCUUUGCCCAUCAAGCUCCCUAUCCCAACUAUGACAGGGACAUUUUGACCCUUGACCUCGGCCGAGUCACUCCCAACCUCAUGGGCCAUCUCUGUGGAAACCGAAGAGUUCUUACCAAGCAUAAACAGAUUCCUGGGCUAAUCCAGAACAUGACUGCCCGCUGCUGUAACCUGCCAUUUCCGGAACAGGCCUGCUGUGCUGAAGAGGAGAAAUCAGCCUUCGUGGAUGAUCUGUGUGGUCCCCGACGGAACUUCUGGAGAGAUUCUGCCUUCUGCUGUGAUCUGAGUCCUGGGGAUGAACAGACCAACUGUUUCAACAUCAAUUAUUUGAGGAAUGUGGCUCUAGUGGCUGGAGACACUGGGGAUGCCAGGGGUCAGGGGGAGCAGGUCCCAACAGGGGGAACAAAUAUCAGCCCUACCCCUGAGUCCAAGGAAGAAUGAGUCACUCCAGAGCUUUAAAGGAUCGGAUGCAGGGAACCCCACCCUCCUUGAACAUUCAUUAUAGUAACCACCCCUUGGA